AUGGCUGUUGAUGUAUUACUUGAUUUAAGUGCUGGUCUUGCGCCAUCAAAUAAGAUUCAACAAAAACAAUCAACAUCACAUUCAAUACUUUU